UCAUGAAGAUUUUCUACUGCUGAAACAAGUGCAUGAAAGGUUGAGUGCUUACUGCAGAAACCAAACUGAUUAUCACAGAAAAGAUUGUGCUUAUUAAAGAAAUCAGAUACGUUUUUAUGUAUUAACUUCUCGAAAAUCUUAGCAAAAAAAGUUUUAUGGACUGGCGAUGGGUUUUCCAGUGGAUUCCAUGUGCCUGGGUUUUCCCUUCUCUCCAGCCUCCACAGAAAGGACGUGGACAUGGCCUAGCUGCUCCCCUCCUGGAUGGGACUGAAGACGACAAUGUGCUCUAUGCUCUUGGUGAAAUAAAGAUGCCUCUCUCAAAAGAGCAGCUCCAACAGCUGCACUACGCCACACGCUCCCACCAAACCGAACUGAUGACUGUUGCGGCGCAGUUCCUUGCCCACUACGCAGAUGUGCUGCCUAUGAACAGUCCUGUCUCCGUUGAGGCUCUGGAGUGCACGCUGGCUCUUAUGGACCUCGACACUAUCGAGGUACUAAUCCCGGCGAGUUCGGCAGUGUCCGUGAUGAGCUCUAACGGUGACGACACCGUACGGGAGAACCUGGCAAAGCGCAGCGUGAUCCGGCUGGCGGUGCGCUUACUGCGGAGUCCCAGCAACCCUGUGGUGGUUAACGCGCUUGCUAUCCUCACAACUUACGCCGGAUCAGCGGACAAGUACAAGAUCAGUGUUGUGAGGGACGGAGCUCUGAAUCCUUUGUGUGAGCUUGCGUUCAGUGAAGAUAACAGGAUACAGAAGGGCUCAGGAGGAGCAAUCCUGAACCUGUCUCACAUAGACACUCACUGUGAACAACUCCUGAUAUGCGGGGUAUGUGAGAGUCUACAUCACUUCCUCAUCUCUGGGGAUCAUCAUCUCCAGUUUUACGCCGCUGCCACUAUCUCUAAUUUGUCUGUUCAGGUGGAAGACCCAAGUGGACUGGUGAAUGAUGAAGGUUUGCAAAGUCUAGUAAAACUGCUGAGAAGUUCAGAGAGACUUAUACAACAGUCCUGUAUCGCUCUUCGUAACUUGGCGUCUCAAUCAGCCAUGCAGCACCGGAUAACAGACUGUGAGGUGCUGGAACCACUGUACCCACUGCUCCGGCACCACGAUCCCAACAUACAGACAGCAGCCCUGUCCCUUCUACACAACCUUUCAAUACUGGAGGAGAACGAGGCUAAAGUUAUCAACAUGGGAUAUGUUCCUGAGUUGACCCUAGUAGUCCGACAAUGGCAGAUCCCAGAAGGACAGCGCCACGCAGCAGCCACCCUCCGUAACCUGGCAACACCAGAGCACAUCUCUACUCUGGUAACUUCAGGGGUGGUGGAGGUGUUGGUGGGCGUGGUGACCAACGCUAAAACACUCCUCCCAGUCCUGCACGAGGUGGCAGCCGUGUUAGCUGUUCUGUCACGUGACAUGGAAGCUCAGUCUCGGCUCCUUCACCAACUUCCCGCUGUCUCCAACAUGAUGCAACUGUUUGCUCAUUUUAUCAGGACAAGGCAGGAUAUGAAACUUGUUUUCUACUCCCUGGGUGUCAUCGGGGGUAUCUCGUCUAAUGGUACGUUACGGGAUGUGGUAGUGCAGAACACUGACAUAGUCUCCCAAAUAACCCACUACAUUACCCCGGAUACUCCCAGUGACCUGAUCAAGGUCGUACUCUGGACCACCGACCUUCUAUAUGCUCACCCAACAAUAAACGGCGGUGUAAAGAAUGAGAUGCUAGCCAGUGUAACUCACCUUAAAGCUCACGCAUCGGACCACGACGUUAUUGGAGCGUGCGACGACUUACUUGCACCCAGCUGACCUUAUCACAUGACCCAUGUUCAUAUCACGUGAUUACUAUGCGGGAAUACCGAGCUGAGGAUGGAGGAGGGCACGAGGGUGCGUGGAUAUUGUGGACUUUGCGAUUUUAUACCCCAAGAUAUGUGAAUUGUUUGCAGAUAAAAUGAUCAAAUCUAUUUUAACUAUUGCUUAAUCAUUUGUACGGAUCGUUGAAUGUAUUAUUUAUUGGUUCUGCUAUUUGAUAUAUUGUACAGUCCAGGAAUUUGCUUAAAUAGCAUGCUAUCAAACGCUGCUUUGAAAUAGUGUGCUACCAGAAUUAUUGUUUACGGCGUUUUAACUUAAAAGCUCUAAUGUUUCGCGGACUUUAUUGGAGUGAAAAUUGAAUAGAGUUUGACUUUGUAAAGACCAGCCAGAUUUGAUAUUAACUUGAGAUUUUAGCGCAGCUUGUAUAUUUUAUACUCAGUGAGGGGAAUCAUCAUUGGAACAUUUUCCUCUCGUCCUAUUUCGAGAUUUGAAUGCUUCUAUGUUAAAGUUAAAGAUUAAACCCGUGACGAUCACUCGAUUUGGUGUUUGUAAAUCUUUAAUUGUUCUGGUUUACACUUAACAUCGUCACAUUCUAAAUUUUAGAGAAUUA